AUGGAGCCGAUGAAUUCAAAGAUUGAAACUCGCAACAGCCUGGACAUUGGAAGCGAAAAAAAAACUUUUGAUUCUGAAGCCGAUUAUUUCACUCCGCUUCAAAUUUUGCUCUUGAUUCUGAUGUUUGGACGGUUCAUUUUGGCUGUGAUCAUACUUCUUCUCGGGCUUAGGAUGGAAAAGGAUUUCAUGAGGUCAAUUACGGUCGCAAUCUUCAUACCAAUGAUGUUUUGCGAAUUUUUCAAUAUCUAUUGUGAAGUAGUCGCCUAUAUAAAUCUAUUUUCGUUGAGUGAAGAGCAAUACAAUUUCAUUUACAUCUAUUUUUUGGAAUGGACUCACAGUUUCCUCUAUGUUAUUUAUGAUUAUGUGCAUUAUAAUAUUGUAAUCCAGUUGAUUCUGUUGUUGUAUUGCUGUCGACUGGCAUAUCUGAAAGAAGAGCGGAUCAACGCGUUUCCUUUAAACACCAUUUGUUUCGCCGUGCAAAUUAUUCCAUUCUUCUUGAGCGUACUUUACUACGUUUCCGAUGGUACCACCGAUACCACUCUACGUAUCUUAUCGAUCGCUUCACGGAUUGUGAUGAUAACCUGCUUUAUUGUGAUCUCUGUGCAAAUCUUUACCUCAUUCUUGUUGCUUUGCCGAGUUCUACCGUACACCCAUUCAAAUUCAACGGAUAUGCAAUUACGUGAUGCUCGGAGUCGUCUAGCUUGGACACUUGUCUACCUUAUUCUUCCUUACAUCGCACUAAUUCCUUUCCUUGUUGAUGCUUUCGCCUGGCUUGUUGCGUUUUCUGGACAGCCUGGUAUUCGAACGAUGCAAGUGCAAGCCAUACGCCGAUAUUUGAGCACUAAUCUUUGGCUACCCAUUCCUGAGAACUUGGAAGUUUCUCUAUGCAGAAUUUUGUGUUACGCCGACGAUGUUGUUAUAUUCGCGGAAAGCAGUACGAAACUUCAACAUGUUGUCAACGUUGUAUCGAAGCUGGCUGCAGCCUGUGAACUACGUCUACGCUCUGAUAAAUGCAAGCAGAUGUGGAUCUCCUCGAGACCUCGAACGGGAAUCAAGGUGAACGGACAGCCGAUAGAACUCGUCAAUGAGUUUUGCUACCUGGGCUGUACGCUGAGGAAAAACAGCAGCUACGAGAGAGAUGUUCAGCAAAGAUGCGCUAAGGUCACUUCUGCAUUUAACUCCUUAACGAAAUGCCUGUGGUCGGUCCCCGUCACCAACGAAGUCAAGCUGCGAGUCUACCUAUCCGCAACACCCAUCAUGAUGUACGGAUCAUGA